UUUGUGAUGUCAUCUAGGAAAGCAAAGGUUUUGCUUUGAACGGUGGCGGGCAAGUAAGUAUGGUGAAGUGUACGGUAGAAGGAUACAUUCUGCCCAGGCGGGAUGACGAGAAGUUUGAGUCCUUGUCGGAUGAAGAAGAGAAUAGCGACUUGGAGGAUAACGAUCCGGAGUUUCUGGACUUACAAGAUGUGACGCGCAUGUCUUCAGGAGGGAUGCUGUUCAAAGGUUCGCUGCCACCUUUUAAGAAAGUUUUUUUUCAAGAUCUGAAAUCAAACAAGAAGCAUUUUUUUGUGGGGCGCCUUCCAUUGACUGACCCAUGGUGGAAGAUCACAGUACUUGUACGAUCCAAAGAAUCCCUGUACAGUGCAGAUGGUUAUCCUUUCUAUGCCUUACGGACUCAGCUGGGAUCAGAGAGCAAAUCAUUGAUGUCCUUGUUCCUAACAAGUUGCCAAGUCCCCUCAGAGAAUGUAGCCAUCUUUUGCCAGUGGCUUUUUGGAGGGAAACAGAAAGAAAUUGAGUUUGACAAUUUGCCCAGCAUACUGGAAAAGUUUUCGAAAGAGAAGUUGGAUCAUGCUGAUGAAAUAGCAGAAGAUAUAAUGAAAAGGAUCAACUCAAUGGCUAGUGGCAAAGCUGUACAGGUUGCUGCACGAUUUCCACUUAUAAUUUAUUACCUGCCAAAUUUAUUGCCCCGUGAAUUUGUAAAUUCCAUAUUAACAUAUUCUAAAGAAGAUGAAGAAUCAUGUUUCUUGGAGAAACUAGACACCAUCCUAAAGGAAAAUGUUUGGAAACUUGGAUUUCGAAAUAUGACCUACAGAGAAUUAAAUUUAGUCAGUUGUGAAGUUUCUCUGGAAGCAUUUAAAAGAUGCAACUUGCUUGAAAGUAUUCCUGAACUUCAGUGCAAUAGUCUAAUGGUCUAUGAUGCCUUGAAACAAACAUGCAGGCAAAAUGGCCACACCUAUGUCUGGAUGAAUAAUUUAACCAAAUCCCUGAAAAUGAUUCCUGAUGACAAAGUCUGGGAUGCCAUCAAGUUCUUGAAGGACAACGGGGUUGUGAUGCAGAAAUCUAAAAGGAUUAUGCCCUGGAAUUUGCAUUUAUGUGAGCAGAGCAUUGUAAAGAGUGUGGAACAACUGGUGAAUGCACCCUCUUGGUGCAUUGAGUUAGAUGUAAAGAAGGUUCUCCAAGAAGCACAAUAUCAAAGACAUACGGGCACCUCAGACUUGGACCCUGAUCAAGUGAAAGCUGCAGAAAUGAUGUGUGCCAAUCCAGUAACAGUGAUAAGUGGGAAGGGGGGCUGUGGGAAAACCACUGUUGUUAGCUUGAUAUUUCAGGAAGCAGCCAAGAAUGAGUUAAACAAUGAGGAGGCAGAGUUGCCCUUUUUAGACUUAAUGAAUGGCGAGAACAGUCUGAUGGAAGAGGAAAUUCUUGUGCUAGAUGGGAAAAAUCAACCAAAGGUUCUCCUUACAGCUCCUACAGGCAAAGCUGCUUCCCUUUUAAAAAAAAGAACUGGCUUUGAUGCUUUCACAUUACAUCAGGUGUAUUGGAGUUUCAUGACUGAAAAGAAGAAAGACGUUAAUCUUUCAAAAUGGAAAUUUGCUAAAGUGCAGGUCUUGGUUGUGGAUGAAGGCAGCCUGGUUUCUGUCUAUAUGCUCAGUUCUGUGCUCAGUGUGCUUACGCAGCACGCAGAGCUAAAGAAGCUGGUCAUUUUAGGUGAUAUAAGGCAGUUGCCCAGUAUUGAUCCUGGUAAUACUCUGGUGGAUAUGUUCAAUGGUUUUUCCAAGAUUGGUUGGGCUGUGGAGAUGCGAACAAAUCAUCGGGCAGAAUCUCAACUCAUUGUGGAAAAUGCAGGAAGAAUAUCUGAUAUGGGCAUGAAGGGUUGCUGGAAUCCCCUGGAUUUUGAUCUCAUUGUCUCUCCAGAUAAGAAUGGACUUUCUCCCAUCUCUCCGGAUUGCAAGUUUAUAUUUGUAUCUCUGCCAGGACAUUGUGCAGAUGAACUUCAGAACACUAUUCUAUCACUUCUAAAGUCCGCCCCAGGGCUGGAGGAAGACACCACAUCACAGUUCAUCGCAUUCAGAAGGAUUGACUGUGCUUUAAUAAAUGAACUUUGUUGCAAGCAUUAUUCAGGUCACUUAACUAAAAAUCACAAAAAUAAGCAGCUGUUUCAGAAAGGUGACAAAGUCUGCUGCACUAGGAAUGGCUACGUUCUGGAGUGCACUCUGGAGAGAGACCUGGGGAUGAAAUGUGUGUCAGCGUCCAAGAGUGUGAGAGUUUGUAAUGGAGAAAUCUUCUUCAUAAUCCAGGAUGAAGAGAAAGACAAAACACGCUACCUAACCUUGGAUGACAAAGAAGACCAUCAGAUUUGUGUCCGAUACAAGGAGCUCAAGAAGGAGUGCAAGCCGAUGCACGCUUGGGCCAGAACUAUUCACACCUUUCAGGGCUCUGAAGCUGAGACGGUGGUCUACGUCACAGGACCCUCAGGAAGACAGAACUGGCAGCAUCUCUACACGGCCAUUACACGUGGGAGGAAGCGGGUGUAUGUGGUGGCUAAAGAAAGUGACCUCAUCACCAUAGCCCAGAGAAAAAGCACAAAACGGCAGACCAGCCUGCAGGAGAUUCUUUGUGAUAAGAUAAGGCACAGGACCCCAGCAGCAGAUGAGAUGACCGCAUCCCACCAUAAAGAAAAAAGUCAAGGUGCCUCUUUGACAACUGGGACUGUUUCCCAGCAGCCUCCUCGUGAUCUAGCAGCUGAACAUGUCGGUGCUACCAGCUCACCAGUCCAAGGGCAGGAUGCAGAGAAAAUGUGGCUUUUGGAUGACAUGUCGUUUCUGGAGACAUACUCCUGGUCCCCAAUGGAGUCGACCAGGACAGAUGAAAAUGAAAUGAACUCCAGCAGCUACACAAUCGAUCCUGAAGCCGGGCACCUGCAAAGGCCAACAGUCACCGAAGGCAGCUCUCCCAGUAUCAAAAGAAGCAGUGAGUGGUGGGAUUCUUGUGAGACCCCCACAAAGCAACCCCGGGUCAUGGAAGUGGAGUCCCCAGUGCCAAGCUGCAGUCUCCAAAGCCUGUCCUUGCAAAGCCCAGCAGUAAAGGGAAGGGCCAGGCAACUGUUUGAAUCCGCGAGCGAAGAGCAGGAGUAUGGACUGUAGCCCCCCUCUGAGACCCCCGCUCGGUGCCCGUUUUUAUAUUUGCACUAAAAGCCUUCCAGUUAAAAAGUACAAGCAAACUUGAGGCAAUUGCACAGCCACAACCCCACAUGCAGUAAGGUCCAUUUUAAGUCUUUAUACCAUUGUGUGUAUAUUUUAUUUUUUGUAUUCCCCAUACAAAGGUUUACAGUUGUAGGAAUUCAGAGUUAUACACAGACAAAUGAUAAAUAUCAUGCUACCAAAGUAUUAAAUUUGUACAAAAAUACUUUACAGUUUAUAAUACCUGCAUCAUUAAAAAUAAAAAAUACAAUAUCCAA